AUGACGACAACAUCGUGGUAUAGGAAGCAGCAGGAGCAUGAGAGCUCCAAGGAGACGAUAUCGUUCUUGUUGAGGAGGAAGGACUUGGUGCAGACCAAGAAUAUCAGCAGGUUGACAACGAAGAUCGUCUUCUCCUCUCUGGAGAGUGAGAAGACUUCAAAAAGCACGCAACCAGUACAAGAUAAGUUUCGUAAGGCACCCAGACUCGCUGCAGAAUUAGACACGCCAGGAUCACAGCUCGAUCCUUCGCAUUCCCUUGUCUCCACAUCAACAGGCAGCGCGUCUCCCAGCAAGCUCAGCUGGACUCACUACAGCAACACAUCAGAUUUCCGGAAAGGAUUGAAGCAGAUUGGCAACAUUGCACCUGCCCCGAGAUUCUCUCAAAGAGAAGGAAAGGUGGUUAACAAUCCACGGCACGGGGAAAUCAACUUGUACAAAGCUCCCCAGGGUGAGAUCCUGCUGGUUCAGAGCGGACCUGGGGAGGCGAUUUCCAAGCUACCAUUGAGAUACGUGACAGAGCUGGGGAGGGAAUGGUUGCUUGCUGAUCGGAAGAAGAUUGCGGAAGAAGAGGAUGCACACUUGCAGAAAAGAAUGAAGGCCUACGAAGCUUUGCAACGGGGGGAAUAA